CGGGAUUCUAUGAUGCCAAGGCGCUUCUAGGUCGAUUGGUCGGAGCUCUCUGCAUCCCUAGGUAGUAUGUAGUCCACUCAAUUGACCUUGUAACAGCUUCUUUGCCCACGACACAGGUUCGCAUCACUCUCCGCCACCCUAGCUCUCCUGUGUGGACAGGUGUACGGGCACUGCAAUCCAAUAUGCAGGCCUGUCAACCAACCACGCUCGCGCUCCGCGCAGCUCGAACCUCCCGACUCAAGUCCAUUCAACGCCGAAACCUCCAAGACGUCGCAAUCACCCGAACCGGAAAACCAAUACUUAGAGUAACAGGAGGAAGAUCGUCACUAGGAGGACACACCGCCACAGUUUUCGGAGCAAAUGGAUUCUUGGGAAGAUACAUUGUCAACCGACUAGCCAGGAGAGGCAACCAAGUCGUUGUACCGUACCGAGAUGACAUGGGCAAACGCCAUCUCAAAGUCACCGGUGACCUGGGAAGAGUUAGCUUCAUGGAGUUCGACCUGAGAAACACACAGUCCAUCGAAGAGAGCGUACGACAUUCAGACAUGGUCUUCAAUUUAAUCGGCAAGAACUAUCCGACCAAGAACUUCAGUCUGUUCGACGUCAACGUCGAAGGCGUCGAAAGAAUAGCAGAAGCAUGUGCGAAAUACGACGUCGAUCGAUUCAUCCAUGUCUCUUCAUACAACGCCGACCCCAAUUCACCGUCCGAAUUCUUCAGGGCGAAGGCCGAAGGCGAACGGGUAGCGCGCCAAUUAUUCCCGGAGACCACCAUUGUCCGCCCAGCACCCUGCUUCGGGUUUGAAGAUAACCUGCUCCACCGCCUGGCCGGCGUGAACAACUUUCUGACCGUGAACAACAUGCAAGAGCGCUUCUGGCCGGUCCACGCUAUUGAUGUUGGCGAAGCCCUCGAACGAAUCGGUUACGACGACACCACCGCCGGCGAGACAUUCGAACUCUACGGUCCCACGAAUUACAGCAUGGCUGAAAUCGCAGAGAUCGUGGACAAAGAGAUCCUUAAGGAGCGCCGCCACAUCAACUUGCCCAAGUGGAUGCUUAAGCCGGUUUUGCACUACCUGAACAAAGUCGUGUGGUGGCAGGUUCUGAGCGCCGACCAGAUGGAGCAGGAGUCUCUGGACCAAGUCAUCGACCGCAGCGCCAAGACGUUCCAGGACCUCAACAUCGAGCCUGCGGAGCUCAAGGACCUUACGUAUCAAUACCUCCAGGAUUAUCGCAGCAGUAGCUUCUAUGAUUUGCCGCCGGCGACGGCGCGGGAGAAACAGCAGGCAAAGAAGUAUUUGCAUGUUAUUGAUGACCAGUAGAUUCGACUCGUUCUCCCGCGGGAUUGAUGGUGCGGGAAUGGAGCGGCGAAAGAUGGAUUGUACAUAGGUCCGUAGCGGCAAACAUGAGACGCCAUUGGGACCACGGGAAGAGCGAUCCUAGUGACUGUGUUUCUGUUCACUUUUGUAUCCCUAAUAUGUACGCCGUUGAGCGCCGCUCGUUGGUCAGACGGCCUUGGCAUGGGAAUUACGUACCUAGGUAGAAGACAGGGCCAUAAUGCUCUACUCCCCCUCGAUGCGGC